ACGAGCUCACUGAGCUUGAUGCUUAGAUUAAGAAUCUUGGAUAAUCCAUUCAGGUCUAUCAAGAACGGCCUCGAGAACAAACCCAGUUUUGCUCGCAGACUUUCAGCAAUCCCUCUGAUUUCUACUCUUCCAGUUCCCUGUCCUUAUGAUUUCAGUUUCAGUAAGUAUCGGUUACACCGAACAGUCGAUUUUGAUCUGAACGCACCUGGAGUGUCAAUUCUUAAGCCGUUGUUAGGGACAGACAAGCAUUUGAAGGCUAAUCUGCAGUCGUUCUUCACAAUGAAGUUCCCAAAGUUCGAGUUGCUGUUUUGCGUGAAAGAAAGACACGAUCCAGCAGUAGGCAUUGUCAAACAACUCAUGGAUAGAUAUCCUGCCGUCGAAGCGAGGAUAUUCUACGGAGGGGAAGAUGUUGGAUUGAACCCAAAGAUAAGCAAUAUGAUGCCAGCGUACCGAAAUGCGAAGUAUCCGCUUUUGAUGAUCAGCGAUGCAGCGAUUAUGAUGCGCUCGGACGCUUUGAUGGAUAUGGUGAACUCAAUGGAGGACGAUGUGGCACUGGUGACUCAAGUGCCGUAUUGUAAAGAUCGAGAAGGAUUUGCUGGAGCUCUAGAGCAGAUAUAUUUCGGCACCAGUCAUGGCCGUAUUUACCUUGCUGGAAACUGUAUGCAGUUUGUGUGUUCAACCGGAAUGUCUUCGUUGAUGAGAAAAGUUGUAUUGGAUGAAUGCGGUGGACUAUCGGCCUUCGGUGACGUUCUGGCGGAAGAUUACUUCAUUGGCCUGGAGUUCAACCGUCGCGGUUGGCGAUCAGCAAUUUCCACUCAUCCAGCUCUUCAAAACGGUGCCGAGCCAACAGUGGCAAAAUUUCACGCGAGAAUAAGACGGUGGAUGCAGUUGCGGAUAGCGAUGCUACCUCAUAUGAUGUUUGUAGAACCCUUGCAGGAUUGUUUUAUGUCCGGUUUUAUUGGUUGCCUUUGUGCUAACCAUUUAUUUGGUCUCAAUAUUGUCGCCUAUUACAUUGUGCACUGUAUCGCCUGGUUUGUAUGUGAUUACGCUCUCAAUCGGUCAAUGCAGAAUGGUCCUUUACCUUAUCGUUUGCCAGCAUUUGCAUGGGCAUGGGCGUUUCGUGAAGGACUGGCACCAUUUAUUUACAUCCGUGCAAUGCUCACACCAAACAUUAAUUGGAGGAAUGGUCGGUUUCGAUUACAUUGGGGCGGCAAGAUCAAGUCGUCUUAA